GUUCUCCAGCUCGCCUUUCUUUCUAGCCAGCCAUCUUGUAAUUAUUGCAGGUCAUGUUACCACGUAGUUUUCUGAUUCCGUCGUGUUUUCAGCAGCUUGCUUCAGAAAAUGCCAGAUGGGAACUCCUUCAGUUUAUGGCACAGCAUCUACAAGCACGCAGGUGAUGCGUGUGACCCGAACCCCUGCGAGAACGGGGGCAUCUGUCUGUCUGGGCUGACGGACGAGUCGUUUUCCUGUGAGUGUCCGGACGGCUUCACGGAACCCAACUGCUCUGGUGUUGUGGAGGUUGCAUCAGAUGAAGAAGAGCCAACUUCAGCAGGUCCCUGCGUCCCGAAUCCAUGCCAUAAUGGGGGAACCUGUGAGAUCAGCGCAGCUUACCGAGGGGACACCUUCAUUGGCUAUGUGUGUAAAUGUCCCCGAGGAUUCAAUGGGAUUCACUGUCAGCACAACAUAAAUGAAUGUGAAGCUGAGCCUUGCAAAAACGGUGGAGUAUGCACAGACCUUGUUGCUAAUUAUUCCUGUGAGUGCCCGGGAGAAUUUAUGGGAAGAAACUGUCAAUAUAAAUGUUCCGGCCCAUUGGGAAUUGAAGGUGGAAUCAUAUCGAAUCAGCAAAUCACAGCCUCAUCUACCCACCGAGCUCUUUUUGGACUCCAGAAAUGGUACCCGUACUAUGCACGUCUUAAUAAGAAGGGACUGAUCAAUGCCUGGACAGCUGCAGAAAACGACAGAUGGCCGUGGAUUCAGAUAAAUCUACAAAGGAAGAUGAGAGUGACUGGACUGAUUACUCAAGGAGCCAAGAGGAUCGGGAGCCCGGAAUAUAUCAAGUCCUACAAAAUCGCCCACAGCAACGACGGGAAGACGUGGACCGUGUACAAAAUGAAAGGAACCAAGGAAGACAGGGUGUUCCGAGGAAAUGUCGAUAACAACACGCCCUAUGCUAACUCGUUCACGCCACCCAUCAAAGCUCAGUAUGUGAGGCUCUAUCCCCAGGUGUGCCGGAGGCACUGCACUCUGCGCAUGGAACUGCUCGGCUGUGAGCUAGCAGGCUGCUCAGAGCCCCUGGGAAUGAAGUCAGGACACAUACAAGACUAUCAGAUCACCGCCUCCAGCGUCUUCAGGACGCUCAACAUGGAUAUGUUCACCUGGGAACCCAGGAAGGCCCGGCUGGACAAGCAAGGCAAGGUGAAUGCCUGGACCUCUGGCCACAAUGACCAGUCGCAAUGGCUGCAGGUGGAUCUUCUUGUCCCUACCAAAGUGACCGGUAUAAUCACACAAGGAGCAAAAGAUUUUGGUCAUGUCCAGUUUGUUGGGUCCUACAAACUAGCCUACAGUGACGAUGGGGAACGCUGGACCGUGUACCAGGAUGAAAAGCAAAGGAAAGAUAAGGUUUUCCAGGGCAAUUUCGACAAUGACACCCACAGAAAAAAUGUCAUCGACCCCCCCAUCUAUGCACGACACAUAAGAAUCCUGCCCUGGUCCUGGUACGGGAGGAUCACGCUGCGGUCAGAGCUGCUCGGCUGCACGGAAGAGGAAUGAGAAACCCACGCACCCCACAUCCUCUCCUGUUCCCCAGAAAGUAUCUCCGUGGAAAGAACUGUGCAGAUCCAUAGGAAACUGAAUGUUUUUGUUUUGUUUUGUUUUGUUUUGAUGAAAAAGCUCUCAAAUUCUGGUAGGCCACUGUCUUUUUAAGGAAAUCUAAGCCUGCCUUUUCAGUGAUUUCAGUUUUAUGGUUCAACUCUCUUAAGUAACAUCACAUUAACUGUGAAUUACUUUUUCCAUUUUUUUUUUCGGAAUUAUUUACAUUGGUUGAGAUGGGUUAGGGAAAGAAAGUAGCCUUCUUUUUUAUAGCAAAGGUUUAAAAAAACCUCAUAGUUAUCGCCAAAUAAAAGAAGAAGAGUUGAUAGAGCUUUUACAAGAGAUGCUUAAUUCUUAUUAAAAAUACUACAAUGUUAGCAAUAAGUUUUUUUAAUGACUUUGCAUUACCUUGUUUCCCUGUGCCUGACACUCAGUGUUUAUAACAGAAUUUAGAAGAAUCUGUGAUAUGCAGCAGUACUAAUUAAUACUAUGAUUCCCACUUUACGUCCAUUGUUUCUAAUGAGAGAGUUCUGACUUUUUCCCCCUUGGACUUCAGCCUGUAUUCUUUACUUUGCUUAUUGCCUGAAUUAGUAUUUUUUCCAUUUGCAGUUUUUCAUAUUAUUUGCCCAAAGCAAAUGUUGUGUCCCUUUAUAUAUCUAUAGAAUAUGACUGAACAUCAGCAGAUUGAUCCAUAGUUAAUAUCAGUUACAUAUGUUUUAUUUCUGAGGAAAACUGCACCUAUGUAAUCCCCAAAUACCUCCUUUCUGUUGUUUCACUAUGAGGAACAGCAAAAGUACUAUGUCCCCUUAAAAUUUUUAAGUAUUUACUUAGCCCUAUGUUUACUUUGAAAUAACAGAAUCACGAAUCUUUGUCUAUUUCAAGAGCAUCUAGCAAACUAAUAUUAACACAGUGCUACAUCAUUUGGCCAAACAUACUCCUCUUCCCACAUUUCCUGUGAAACCAAAAUUCUGUCGAUAUUUGAAACUCGUGGUGGUUUCCCAGGAAAGCACAUUGUGUAGUUAUUUGUAACAAGCGAAGUAUUUACUAAUGACAAUGUUGUAAACCAUUCUCAAGA